UUUGGGCGGCCACAAAACACGAUUGAUGUAUGUGUCUUGUUUACAUACAUACAUACUGUGUUGAAGCAGACAAAAUGGAGGGACUCUGCAACCUCUUCCUACCUUCUUCUACAACCAUUCAUCUCCACCCUGCAACCAAUCAAACUCACCCCUCUUUCAAACCCAAAUCUUCCCCUCAAUUUCACUCUCAGUUUCAAACAAAACACCCCCGAAAAGGACGACAUUUCGACGCAUUCCCCUCAUCCCUACCACUCCACACCAAGAACCCCAAUGCCAUUUACAAAGAUAUUCAAAGAUUCGCUAAACAGGACAAGCUCAAAGAGGCUCUCACUAUACUCGAUUACUUGGACAAGCGUGGCAUUCCUGUAAAUACAACUACUUUCUCUGAACUCAUCGCUUCAGUGGUUCGGUUGAAAUCCUUAUCUAUUGGGAAAGUAAUACACACUCAUAUCCGAAUCAACGGGCUCGAAAACAAUGAGUUUUUACGAACAAAGCUUGUCAAUAUGUACACAUCCUGUCGGUCUAGUGAAGAUGCCCACCAGCUGUUCGACGAAAUGCCAAAGUCAAGUGUUUAUCCUUGGAAUGCCUUGCUAAGAGGCAGUGUGAUCAUGGGUGGGAACAAGUAUCAAGAAACACUCAAGACUUUUUCCUUAAUGCGGGAAUCAGGGGUUGACUUGAAUGUUUAUACGUUUUCUUGUUUGCUCAAAAGUUUGGGUGGUGCAUCGGCGCUUUAUCAAGGUUUGAAGACGCAUGGGUUGUUGAUAAAGAACGGGUUCAUUGAUGACUCGAUUAUAAGUACUUGUUUGAUUGAUAUGUACUUCAAAUGUGGGAAAACGAAGCUUGCUCGUCAAGUGUUUGAAGAGGUUGGUGAAGAUCGAAGAGAUGUGGUCUUGUGGGGGGCGAUGAUUGCUGGUUUUGCGCAUAAUCGGCUGCAAAUUGAAGCGCUUGAGUACCUAAGAUGGAUGGUAAAGGAUAACAUAUUGCCGAAUUCAGUUAUAUUAACUACAAUCCUUCCUGUGAUUAGCCAUGUUCAAUCUAGAAAACUUGGUAAGGAGGUUCAUGCUUAUGUGAUCAAGACGAAAGAGUACUCGAAACAGUUGUUUAUUCAAUCGGGUUUGAUUGAUAUGUAUUGCAAAUGUGGCGAUAUGGGGUCGGGAAGAAAAGUUUUUUACGGGUCAAAGGAAAGGAAUGCGAUAUCCUGGACCGCACUUAUGUCUGGAUAUGCUGCAAAUGGCAGGCUUGAACAGGCUUUAAGAACGAUAGUUUGGAUGCAACAAGAACGGUUUAAACCCGAUAUCGUGACCAUUAACACCGUUAUUCCCGUCUGUGAAAAGCUUAAAGCUUUGAAACAUGGUAAGGAAAUCCAUUGUUUUGCUGUGAAGAAUGGUUUUACUCAGCAAGUGUCUAUAACUACAUCAUUGAUGAUGAUGUAUGCAAAGUGUGGUUGUCAUAGUUAUUCUGUUAAACUGUUUGAUAAUCUAGACCAUAAAAAUGUGAUCUCGUGGACUGCUAUGAUCGAAUCGUAUGUUGAAAACAGGUGUUUUGAUGAGGCGAUUGGUGUUUUCCGGUCAAUGGCGGUGUCGAAACACCGCCCGGAUUCAGUAACGACUUCAAGAAUGUUGAGUAUUUGCGGUGAGAUCAAAGCUUUGAAGCUCGGUAAGGAGAUUCACGGGCAGGUUUUGAAGAAGGAUUUGGGGUCGAUUCCAUUUGUUUGUUCGGAAAUCGUGAGAUUUUACGGGUCGUGUGGUGACAUCGGCAAGGCAGUGAUGGCUUUUGGAAUGAUUCCCGUGAAGGGAUCAAUGACGUGGACCGCAAUUAUUGAGGCAUAUGGAUGUAAUUCUCGCUAUGGGGAGGCGCUUGAUCUUUUCUAUGAGAUGAUUAGACGCGGAUUCUUGCCGAAUCAGUUUACUUUUAAUGCGAUUUUGCGGGUUUGUGAGCAGGCUGGAUUUGCAGAGGAAGCUUGUAAGGUGUUGGAUUUGAUGACAAAAAGAUAUAAAGUGGAAGUAACGGAAGAACAUUAUUCGAGUAUCAUUAGACUCUUGACUAGUUGUGGUCGGACAGAUGAAGCUGAAAACUUGAGGCGAUUGAUGUCGUGUUCAUAGCGUUUUGUAUUGUUAGCUGGAUAUUGUGUUAUUUAAUUGUUGUGCAACUCAAUACUGUUGCUAGUUGAUACUUGUAUGGAAUUUAAAAAAAGAAGACAAGCCAAUUCAACAAACAAGAAGUUAACUAAAGGAAAUGAAAGAUGUGGCCGGCCAAUCUAUUGAAAGUGUUGAGUGUGACAACCGUCAAAAAUUCAGGUAUCUGUACAAUUAAUUAACCAUGAUUAGUGUUUAAUGACUGUACUGAAUUACAAUAAAUUGCUUUCUGAUUACUGCAUCAUA